AUGCAAUACCAGUCAUACUAUGAUAUAUCCGCUGAUAUCAGGGCAAAAGAAUACGAUAAACAAACUGCACCCAUAUAUGCCGAGGCUUCUAAAUCUGUAAGAGCUAAUUGCAAACGCGAUAGAAAUGUAACAGUGUCAACGCACAACGUGACAAAUACGAAAUAUAUGACCAUGCUAAAGGAUGAUUGCAUGGUAGCUGUCGACCAAUAG